AUGUCAGCAGCAAAACACACCCAGCUCACCCUCCGCUCAGACUACCGCCCAGCGACCAUCACCGCCAUCACAUCCUCCCCCGCCACAUGGAAGCCAGCCCCCGCACAGCGCGCCACCAUCGCAAUCGGACGCGCAAACGGAGACAUCGAGCUCUGGAUCUGGCCCACCAGCAGCCCGCCCUCGCUCCACCGCACCCUGCCCGGACACCUCAGCAGACAGACCCCCGCCAAGGUCGAGCAUCUGCUCUUCACCCACCAGUUCAUCGCCGACCAGGACGAGCCGGAUGACCGCGCGCUGGCCAGCACCCCGCCCAGGCUGCUCGGCACCAACGGCGCAGACGAGCUGCUCGAGCUGGCCAUCGGCUGCGACGACGGCGCCAUCCGCAUCGCCGCCAUCGCCCACAACCAGCUCGAGCUCAUCCGCAAGCUCGACCCCUGCAACACCCGCCUCCUCAGCCUCGCCUGGGGCUUCCCACCCCCCGAAACUCCCCUCCCGCUCCAGGAACCCCCCGACUCGCAGCUCUUCCUCGUCGCCGGCGGCGCCGACUCCAGUCUGCGCAAGUGGGCCGCAGGCUCCGGCCGCUGUCUCAACCGGAUGACCGUCGAGAAACUCCAGGGCGAACACACUCUCGUCUGGACCGUCGCCGUCCUCAAUGGCACGAUCAUCUCCGGCGACUCGGUCGGCAAUGUCCAUUUCUGGGACGCCAAGUCGUGUGUCCGCCGCCAGACCAUCCGCGCCCAUCGCGCCGACAUCCUCUGCAUGGUGCCCUCCCCCGACGGCUGCUCGCUGUUCACCUCGGGCGUCGACCAGAAGACCUGCCAGCUCACCCUCCACAUCCAAUCCCACCCCGCCAGCAGCAACAAGACCGACCAGUCGCGCUGGCUGCUGGCCGCCUCCCGCCGCCUCCACUCCCACGACGUCCGCGCACUCGACUCCUCGCCCCCCUACAACCCGCUCCUCACCGCCCCCCAGGACCUCGUCCCCGUCCUCCUCUCCGGCGGCCUCGACAUGUCCCUCGUCCUCUGUCCCGCCGCUACCCUCUCCUCCGCCCACAAACUCCGCCAGCUGGCCAACCCGGUCUCCGACUCCUCCUCCGUCGCCUUCGCCGACGCCCUCAUGCGCAAGAUCUCCUACGCCACCACCCGCGACCCCGUCGCCGCCCUCAGCCCCCUCGCCCGCCUCCUCGUCUCCCGCAACGCCACACAGAUCUCCAUCUGGAGGCUCCGGCCCCAGCCCGCUGCUGCCGAUCAUCCGCCCGAGCCUCGGCCCCCCCGGAAGAAGAAGGCGGCCGCCCAGCGCCCGGACGACCCGGAGGCCGCGUGGACGAAGGUGGUCGAGAUGGACCUCAAGUGUCGGACGAACCUGGUCGCCUCGGCGAUCUCGCCCGACGGGCGCUGGCUGGCGGUCUCAGAUCUGUACGAAGCCAAGCUGUUCGCGCUCGUCGAGGCGGCGGGGGGGAUGCUGCAGCCGCGGCGGGUGAAGGCCUUCGAGGCCUUCGCGGGCCUCGCCAAGGGCGCGCCCAAGCAGGGCGCACGCUCCAUCGAGUUCUCGCCGGACUCCACCAGGCUCGUCCUCGCCGCCAGCCUCUCCUCCGACAUCGUCCUCCUCGACCUCGCCGCUCCCGACUCCGCCAGGCCCCAGGUCGCCACCCUCGCCGUCUUCCCCCUCCGCCCGCCUCCCCUCGACUGUCUUGGAAACCAGGCCGGGCCCCAUACUCCCCUCAUCACACCCCACGCUUCCUCCUCCUACAUCCUCAAAAUCGCCGUCAGUCCUGACGGCCAGUGGCUCGCAACCGCGGACUCGCAGAAGACGCUGCGCGUGUACAACUUGGACGCCAUGAAGGUGUGUGUGUGUGUGUCUUUCUCUGUUUGUGUCAGGGGGGAAGAGACUGACGAGCGAGGGGGUGUUUUUUUGCAGCCCCAUUGUUCCCUGACGAUGCCCGAGGCAGAAGUGACAUGCAUGGCCUUCCCGGCACCGACGCCGUCGACGGUCGUCGUCGGCUUCGCGACCAAUGCGCUCUACGUGGUCGACGUGGAGACCCGGAUGGUGCCCGGGUGGGCGACCGACCUGGGCGGGCGGCUGGCGCGCGAAGGCCUCCGCGAGCUGCGCGAGCCCGUCCUGGGGCUCGAGUUCGCCCCGCUCCUGCCCGGGCCUGGGCCGCCGACGCUGCAUGCCCGGCUCUGGGGCGUCUCCUGGAUCGCCGCCGUCGUCGUGCCCCUCCCCUUGGACCUUCCCACGCCUCUGCGCUCGCUCUCCCCGCCCUCCCCGCCGCCCGCUAAGAAACGCCGCACCGACUCGCCCCCCGACGCCGUCCCCCCCUCCGUCCGGCUCGCUAGGAACCUCCACAACGUCCUCCGCGUCGCCUUCCUCGACGGGCCCCACACCUCCCUCGUCCUCCUUAGACCCUUCUUCGACCUCCUCCAUGCCCCCCAGGCCGCCCUGCCCCCCGUCUGGCAGCGCACCGGCGCGUACGGCACUUGA